CUUUUCAGAAAGUAACCAAUAAAACAAUCGGGCGGGCUUUAGAAGUUGGUUGUUUUCGGCUGUUCCGUCGUCUAACAUUCGGUGCAAUUUUCGCUGCAGUUACUGGGAACACUUUUGCGGUAAAAAGUCACUGAGUCUUGACGGAGUGUUUCUGCUGCCUGAUUUGUUUCAGUGAUUGAUUUUCCAAUGGUCUUAGCUCAGCGUCAAAAAGAGGAGCUAAAUAGAGCUAUCGCCGACUACUUAUUUUCAAAUGGAUAUAUCAAGGCGUUAGAUGCCUUUAGGGAAGAAUCGCAGUUGGUAAGUACAUAAAUUAUGUACUUGUUAACAGUUCAUAUUAACUUCAGGCAGGAGAAAAUGAUAAGAAGUAUGAUGGCCUGUUGGAAAAAAAGUGGACGUCUGUCAUUCGACUUCAGAAAAAGGUAAUGGAUCUAGAGGCUAAACUUAACGAAGCUGAAAAAGAGUUUCAACUGAUGCAAAGCAAUGCCGGAUUUGGUAUAGCAGGUGCUGCACCUGGAAGUGGACUUGCAGACAAGGGGGAUCGGCGUGAUGUUGAUGCUAUCCCUAGGCCUCCAGCUAAAUUUACACUCACAGGCCAUCGUUCUCCAAUAACGCGUGUAUUGUUUCAUCCUCAUUACAACGUUUUUGUUUCAGCAAGUGAAGAUGCCUCAAUCAAAGUUUGGGAUUACGAAACUGGAGAAUUUGAACAUACUUUAAAAGGUCACACAGACUCUGUUCAAGAUGUGGCGUUCGAUCCUACAGGGAAGCUCUUGGCUUCUUGUUCUGCUGACAUGCAAGUAAAAUUAUGGGAUUUUACAAUGUAUCAGUGUAUUAAAACGCUGUCUGGUCAUGACCAUAAUGUUUCCAGUGUUGCUUUUCUGCCAUCUGGUGAUUUCUUGGUCAGUGCUAGUCGCGAUAAGACAAUCAAGAUGUGGGAAGUUUCUACAGGAUAUUGCAUAAAGACAUUCACUGGUCAUACUGAAUGGAUUCGAUCGGUUCGUCCAAGUCCAGAAGGCAAUCUACUGGCAAGUUGUUCUAAUGAUCAAACUAUUCGAGUUUGGUCUGUAGAAACACGAGAAUGUCAAGUAGUUCUUCGUGGUCACGAACAUGUUGUUGAAUGCAUAACCUGGGCUUCUCAUCCUCAAAGCAUAUUAGCAAUAACCACUUCCACAUCUGGAGGUGGGGAUUCUGCAAAUGCCACUACAGAAGGAUUGGUCAUGUCCUCUGCAACAAAUGGAAUACCUAAUGAUUCACAUUCUUCGCCGCCUAGUAUGUCUGCUGCCUUAUUACUUGUUUCUGGAUCACGAGACAGGACUAUCCGCUUUUGGGAUGUAAAUACUGGAGUAUGCUUAUUUGUUCUUAUUGGUCAUGACAAUUGGGUUAGACAACUCGUGUUUCAUCCUCAUGGCAGACUGCUGUUAUCAGCUUCAGAUGAUAAAACAAUUCGAGUUUGGGAUUUAAAGAAUCGUCGGUGUCAUAAAACACUUAAUGCACAUUCACAUUUUGUCACUUCUUUAGAUAUCAAUCGUUUGGCUCCGUACGCUGUAACAGGGAGUGUUGAUCAAACAAUUCAUAUAUGGGAUUGCCGAUAAACAACUGUCACAGUCAUCUUCUUCUUACAUAUAUAUAUGCAUAAAUUGUAAUCAGUAAUUAAAAAAAUAGGUGAAACAAGAAUCAUUUGACAACUGAUCUUCUUGUAUGUGUUUUGUGUGUGUGUGUGUGUCUGCGUCUGUUUCUGUGUCCCUAUGUGGUUUUUGGUGGGUUCUUGAAAUUUUUCACUCUCUCCUGAUCUUCUCAUAAAAUCCUCCAUCUCUUUUUAAAAUGUGUCAGGAGUCAAACCAACAAACAAACACUACUGAUUUGUAUUUAGGAUUUAAAUAUCCGCGCGCUGUCGUUAUUAUCACUAUUAUUAUUAUCCUCAUUUUAUCUCUCCAACCAAAUAUAACUUGAAAUCUCAUUCAUCUGUAUUGUGUGUGUGUGUUUCUUUAUCUAUCCUGUGUGUGUUCAACUUGCAUGCACACACACAUAUAAGAAUUCAAUUCAUUGGAUUUAUUACAACCAAAAUAUGGCUAACCGGUUGUCUUUUACUACGUACUAUUUAUUGUUUUUUUCUAUUUUAUUUUGUCCUUUUUGUCUUCUUCAGAUUUUGUACAUGUAUUUGAUCAGUUAUUUUUUUCCUGGGUUGUUCGGUGCUCUCUGUCUCUCUCUCUCGUGCGCGCGCGCGCGCGCUCCACUUCGUCAAUUUCGAGUCUACUCUUUUAUUCAUCCUUAUUUGUUGUGCAUGUGUGUGUGAAACCGCUGCUUUCUUCUACCAUUGUAUGCUGGUUUUUGAUGGUUAGAUCUAUUUAUGUAUCCUCUGCAUUACAAAUGAAUUCUGCCGAAAGACUUACUGAUGCACUCACUGCUUUGUCAUUUCCGCUGAUGAUGUUGAUGAUAUUAAAAAUGCUGAACUUGAAAAUAAGGAAACUGAGCAGAAAUCGAUAUUGUGAUAUAUAUUGUUCUUAUUUUGACAAUGAAUCCAUUUAUUAUAUAUGAUAUUGUUUAUUCAUUUAGAUUUAACAAUGAAUAUCAAGUCUCGCUUUCUCUCUCUAUAUAUAUAUCCUAUGAUACAUUCAUUGAUACUUCUGUGUUCACCUAGUUAACCUUCAUGGAAUCUCUUUUGCCAUUCCGGUAGAAAACAAAAUAAUCAUCAUCAUUAUAAGUUAGCUUAUUGGUGCUUUCUGUUGAAAAUUAUAUACAAAUUCCUUCAUUUAUUAUUACUACUACUAUUAUUACUCUUAUUAUUAUUGUCACUAUGACUGACGAUAUUCCUCAUCUCUUUCGAUGCUUUCCGUGUUUUGUUUUCUUUUGCGUGUGUGUGUGUAUAGCUACAUUUGUAUUAUCAGGCGCUUUUAGAUGUCUUCCGAGAUCAACGGUCAAAAGAACCCAAUAUUUACCAAUAUAUAUAUAUAUAUAUAUAUAUAUAUAUAUAUAUAUAUAUAUGACAUGUAACAAUUAUAAUUCCAUAAAGAUUUAAUGUGUCACCUCAAUAUAUUUUCCAUCUAUUGCCAUUUUGACUGCAUUCAAAAAAGCCUUCGAUUCGUCUCGGUGUUAUACUUGUGUUUUUGUUGUUGUUGUUGUCGCCGUUGGGGAU